AUGAAUAAUAUACUUUUAGAUUAUUGUCCUGAUUGUAUUUCCAUUAUUGAUGAAAAUAACAUAGUAGUGUCUACUUAUGAUUUCAUUAAUGAUGAUACAAAAGCUGGAGUGUUGUUGUUGUUAAACAAAACCUUAAACAUUAUAGAUAAACUGGAUUGUGAUGGCAUACUUCAUUUUAAAAUAAUCAAUAAUUAAAUUUCACUUUGUACUUGGAAAGGAGAUGUCUGGACUGUUGAAAUAAAGGACAAUAAAUUUCAUUUAAAAAACAAGCAAUCCUUUGUGGAAUGUUUUUAAGACAUUAAAUUAUUAUAUCUAGAUUGCAAUGCCCAACAAAGUUUAUUAUUAGGAGGAGAUAAUGGAGAGGUGAUUUUACAAAAAGAAGAAGAAGGAUAGAUUAUUUAUUAAUAAAAAUCUCAUGAGUAUUCAGUAUGGUGCACACUUUUAGAUAAUACAAAUUAAGAUCUAUUUUAUAGUGGAAGUGAUGAUGCUUGUCUCAAUUAUUACGAUGCAAGAAUUGGAUUAUUGAGAAAGGACAGAAAGUAUUUAUAUUUAUACAACAACAAGAUCGCAUUCUUAAGGAAUAACUUACUUAUUAAACGAUGGAGAGCAUAACUUAAUUACAGGGUCUUUUGAUGGCUAUAUUCGAAUAUUUGAUAAAAGAUAACCCAAUUUUCCAACUGAAGAAUACAAAAGAGAAGGAGGAAUAUGGAGAAUUAUAAAAAGAGGAAAUCUAUAUUUGAAUGGACUAUUUUAAGAGCAUAAAUACGAGUUAAUUGAAAUUAACAACAAAUAAGGUAAUUAUCAUAAAUAUCAUAGUUUCAAUUCUUUAGGAAUUUAAAGAGCAUACUUCUCUUGCUUAUGCUAUGGAUUGGUAUAAUAAUCUAAUAGUGACUUCUUCAUUCUAUGAUAAGCAAUUAAGAUCAUAUACUAUUUGA